CUGAUUCUGGCCUGAAGCAAUUCUUACUUUCAAAAAUUCAGCAAGCUCUGCUGCAAAUCACUAAUUGUAAACGUAAAAUCGGCAAUAAAAAUAUAUUUCGCAGAAUCGAUCAAUCCAUCACAAAAGCUAAGAAAAGCACCAAAAAUUAAGCUGUACUGGUAACAAUUGACUGUGAAAUGAGCAAGGCUUUAAAUUUUUAGCCAGUAUCACCAAUCAAUAAGUUUAAGAGUUAAUCAUCGGCGUGCAGCUUAGUGGGUUUAUAGUUCACGUGAGCACGAUCUCACAAAAGAAAGCUAUGAGUGAAACGCUCGUUGAUAAGUAGAAAAUUUGGAAUUCGCGCCCACUGCAGUCACAGCCUGCAAAAGUCAAUUCUGACUACAAAAUAACCCAGUAUUCUCUACUCUUAUAUAACAAGAGAAAAAGUACAACUUACUAACGGGAACUGAUCCACUUUUUCACGUGCAGUUCUGGACAAAAUUAUAUCUGCGAAUCCUCGCAAAUGUUUGUCUCGUCUAGCAAAUUUUGCAAAAAGUCCGCCAUCUUUGUUUGACUCGGUUGCCAAAGGUUAUAGUCACGUGAUAUCUUUUUUUUGGAGGGUCAAAUCAAAAUGGCGGACGAAGUGAUGCAAGAUGACUUCAAAUGUACAGCCGGAAUCAUCAUUAUUGGAGACGAGAUUUUAAAGGGUCAUACAAAAGAUACGAAUUCUUAUUUUCUACUGAAGAAGCUGUGGUCCUUAGGAGUCAAGGUGGGAAAAGUGUCGGUCAUUUCGGACGAUGUGGAUGAAAUUGCUGGUGAAGUGAAAAAAUUCUCUUCUCGAUUUUCCGUCGUCAUUACCACCGGUGGAAUUGGCCCUACUCACGACGAUGUUACAAUGCAGGGAAUCGCCAAAGCGUUUGAGGAAGAUGUAGUCCUCAACGAAGAGUUAGUGAGGUUGAUUUCGGGUGUGUAUGAACUUUCAGAACAUCAAAUCAACUCGUCCCAUCUGAAAAUGGCCCGUGUCCCUUCCUCAGUCAAGCUGUCUUAUGGAAAAGAUUCGUCUGGGGAACCGAGCAAUUUUCCUCUUAUUUAUGCACAUAACGUGUAUAUAUUCCCUGGUGUCCCCCAGUUCUUGGAAGAAGAGUUUGGCGUUUUAGAAAGCCUUCUAUUAAUUUCGCACUCCAAGAAACGGUUUUUCCUGCGAAAGAUUUUCCUCUCGGCAGACGAAACAGCUAUAGCUUCUAGUUUGGAUGAGGUUGAUGAGAAAUUUAAAGGGAUCGUACAUUUAGGAUCGUACCCCAAUGUCUGCAAUCAAGAAUUCAAGGUCAAGUUGACUGUCGAGUCUGAUAGCGUGAAUGGCCUGGAGGAGGCCUGGCACUACCUUUUGGCAAGAUUGCCUGAGGACCUUAUUGUGAAGACAGUGGGAGGUAUCGCUGAUGCAUCAAUACCAAAUUGUCUACCCAGUCAACCUCCAAAUGACGACUGUGAGCAGGUACUGAACAUGGAAAAAGUCUAUCACCUAUUGGAUCCCAAGGAUGAGUCAAACACGAGCGCCUGUGUUAAAGGAGCAUGGGCCAUUAUACAGCAAACCCUACAGCUGUAUUCCUUGGACGAAUUGUGUAUCAGUUUCAAUGGCGGCAAGGACUGCACUGUACUGUUGCACAUGUUACAUGCUGUGGUUAAUAAGCUGUCGCCCCCACCCCAAAAACUGAAGGCUUUGUACAUUCGCUAUGACUCGCCAUUUCCACAAGCAGAAGAGUUUAUCUUGGAAACAACUGAAAGGUACAAUUUGAAUCUCAUAACUAUGACGGGAGAUAUUAAAGCAGCUCUGAAGACUAGGUCUAUGAUCAGAGAGUGCAGUAUUCCAUACUGCUGUUUAUAUGAUGAGGGAUACACAUCACUGGGAAGUACCCACAACACAACCCCAAACCCUGCCUUAAAAUAUGACGACGGCAGCAACAUGUACAAACCUGCUUACAUGUUGGAAGAUGGACACCUCGAAAGGGCUGGUAGAAACUGAAAAGAAAAUUUGUUUUCUCUUGACAAUUUGUUGAAUACGAAUUUGUUUACCCCACAAAGGCAUUAACCCAAAAUCUACAUGUAACAUUUCUGAUAUAAUCUUGAUUAAUUUUUUAAUCUGAAUUAAUUUACUCUUAGUGACGUAAUUUCUUGCUGUUAGGUGGCUCCCUAUGGUUUUAGGAUGGCAUGUGGGAAGCUCAAGUAAUCUGUGCGCACUGGAAGGAAAACAUCAGUGUUUUUUUCGAUAUUUUAUGACAUCAACAUGAGCACAAAAAGCAAAACUGACAGUGAAUUUUCUUGCAUUUCCUUUGGUGAAAUUCCCUAAAAUUUUGGCGGGUUGGUAGUGAAUAUUUUACUUUAGUCAGAGCUCGUUUUUCAGGGAAAUCUAUAAGCCCAGUUUUUCG